CGAUAAUGUCAUUACUGUUUCCCAACUCUAAUACACCGGAUGUGUUGCGAUACGUGUCUUGGAAUGAGUUCUUGCAUCAAAUGUUAGCCAAAGGAGAAGUGGAACAACUGGUGGUCAAACCAGAGCUCGAUUUGGUGACCAUUUAUCUACACGAAGGCGCUGUCAUUAAAGGGAAGCGAUCCGAUCACAGGACAUAUCACAUGAAUAUCGUAGACGUGCCCUCAUUUGAGAGGCGGCUCAGAGAUGCCGAACGACAGCUCGCCGUCAAACCCGACAAAGCGGUUCCCGUUGUCUAUGAGCGCAAUCAGGAGAGCAAUUGGCUUUUGUUGGUUUCAUUGGUCGCCGUCUCUCUUAUGAUAUUAAUUAUGUUCAGAAGUGGACAAAUCAAAACUCCAGUUAAUAUGGAUAUGUUUUCACAAAUGGGUCGCGCGAAGUACACGAUCGUUGAUCCGCUGACCGGUGGCGGGAAAGGCGUCCGUUUCAAAGACGUGGCCGGACUUAAAGAAGCGAAAGUAGAAAUCAUGGAAUUCGUUGAUUACCUAAAAGCGUCGGAAAGAUUUCGAGCAUUGGGCGCUAAAGUGCCGCGAGGGGUCCUACUUCUUGGACCGCCCGGUUGUGGCAAAACAAUGUUAGCCAAAGCGGUGGCCACUGAGGCCAGUGUGCCCUUCCUAGCGAUGGCCGGCUCUGAAUUCAUUGAAAUGAUUGGAGGAUUAGGCGCCGCACGAGUGCGAGACCUGUUCCGUGAGGCCCGAAAGCGCGCGCCUUGUAUUGUAUACAUCGAUGAGAUCGACGCUAUCGGCAGAAAGCGAAGCACUGCUAAUAUUCAAGGCGUGAGCGGCGAAGAGGAACAGACAUUGAAUCAGUUGUUGGUUGAAAUGGACGGAAUGGGUCAGAGAGAGGGCGUGAUUAUGUUGGCCUCGACUAAUAGAGCGGAUAUUUUAGAUAAGGCGCUGUUAAGGCCGGGAAGGUUUGACAGACAUAUACUCAUCGAUUAUCCGACUCUUGACGAACGGAAAGACAUUUUUCUUCAACAUUUAAAUUCAAUCAAAUUAGAGCUCAAUCCAAACGAAUACGCCUUACGUUUAGCGCAAUUGACUCCGGGUUUUACGGGCGCCGACAUCGCCAACGUUGUCAAUGAGGCGGCCCUUCACGCGGCCCGAGAGGGCAAACAGUUGGUCAAAGCCGAGAAUCUGGAGUAUGCGGUCGAACGGGUUGUCGGCGGCACUGAAAAGCGCAGUCAAGUGCUGAGCAGUCAGGAGAAGAAGUUGAUAGCGUAUCACGAGUGCGGCCACGCA